CGGCGGAGGGGAAGUUUUCCCCAGAAAUUAUAAAAGCUCGCGACACCGAAUUUUCCGCACAGUUGCCGCUAGGAGCCCUCACCCGAAGUAAGCCCUAGCAGCACCUGGCCCAGUCAUCAGCCUGCAAGGACCGCACCAGUCGUAACCCUUGCUAGGCCUCGCCCCGCGGCCGGAGGCCCUGUCCGGCGACGCGCCCGGGCCUCACCUCGCCUUGCCGCCGGAGGCUCUGCCCGACGACACACCUGGCUUCCGCUCGUCCUGCAGCCGACCCGGAGGUCGUGGCGACUACACCGAGCCGCCGCCCAGAAGGACGCUUCUACGACGGACGUCUCGCCUCCGUUCUGCUAGUGGACUCCGCUUCAACCCUCUCCGAGCCUGCUCCGCCGUGAGGUCCAUAUCUGCUCCCCCCCUUGCGGAGCGCUGCUUCGAUCACCGAGUUGCGUUCUCUAUCGCGCCGCCCCUCCCCUGCCUGCCGACGUGAGUAACCCCGCAGUCACGGAGUAGCGCCGCGCCACUCGGCUCGCCACCCACAAGGGCGUGGCCCAUCCGACGGACUAUUGAUCCGGUCAGGCCUGCUGGCCUACUGCACCGAAACUCUCUUUCGCUAGUGUGUCACCGCUUGACCCAAUUAACUCACUAGUCAAGUUAUUGAGAACUUAAUUCUUUAAGACAUUGCUACUGUUGUAAUCAAGAUUUGUCUCUGAGCUCGGAAAUAAACUCGCCAUGUUUUAAUCCAAUCAUUCUUUACGGUUCUGGCUACUUAUUCCGUUGAAAUAACACGAAGCACACCUACAUUGGUGACCCCGACGUGAUUUAAAUUUUGCAAAGUAGCCUGAUAGGCCGUGUUUCGUGUUUCUCAAAAAUUUUUGCAACUAAAAAAAGUAAAAAGUAAAUUUUAAAAAGAAAUGGCAACCGAGACAGUAGCUCAAUUGAAGAGGGAAUUAGAAGCCGUCAAGAAAAAUCUUCAAGAAGAAGAAACUGCAAGAGCCAACGCUGAAAUCGCCCUUGCCUCCGCCAGAGGAGCCUUGGAAGCCAUCGAACGUGACCGUGAACGUGAAAGGAGAAACAGGACAAAUGCGGUGAGUGGCAAACUACCAUCGUUUUGGGCAGACAAACCCAGUGUCUGGUUCGCUCAAGCUGAAUCAAAUUUUGCAACAAAUAAUAUUACCCAAGAUAGCCAAAAAUACCAUUUGGUUGUGGGUCAGCUUGACACAGCUACCGCUGCUGAGGUCGAGGAUAUUAUCAGUGGUCCUGUGGCAGACCGUACUUAUGAAAAUUUGAAAACCAGCUUGAUAUCUCGCCUGUCUGAUUCUGAACAAAAACGUGUUCGGAAAUUGAUUUCUGAAGAGGAAAUCGGUGAUCGCAAGCCAUCGCAAUUUCUGCGACACUUGCGUUCACUAGCUGGGUCUAGUGCUACUGUGAGCGAAGCGCUGCUUUCCCAAAUUUGGUUGCAGCGCCUUCCUGCAACGGCUUCGGCCAUUUUGUCCUCUCACUCCAAUUUGGAUUUAAAUGCACUAGCUGCAAUGGCCGAUAAGAUAGUCGAGCAGGUCGCUUCAGUGACACCCAGCGCUGUUAUGGCUGUAAGAGACCCACCUCCCUCCCCUGAUGUGUCCGCAAUGAUUUUGGAUACACUGCAAAAAUUGAAUCUGAAAAUUGAGAGCAUUACGGCCCCACCUGGCCGACGAGACGAGCGCCAGCCUCGCUCACGCUCUCAGAGUAAUUUUCGGGACAACCGAAAUUUCUCUCGCGCUCGUGACAAUUCUCGGAGUGCUGCAACCUCCCGCCCUACCCGGGACAGACAGGACGAAAUGUGCUGGUACCACUCUCGCCACGGCGAGAAGGCACACAAGUGUGUGCAACCCUGCUCUUUCAAACCGGGAAACGGCACCGGCAGCCAAUAA